UUGUCCAGCUCUUCAAAGAGUCCUAGGUCAGAGUGUGAGUUAGAGAUCAACCUCCCUGGCACUCCCAUCCCUGACGAAGUGCCUUUUGAUCUGACCUGCCCCAUCGUCAGGAGCUCCUGCAUCGACACCAGGGUCUCUAAAAUGCCAGAGAUUUCUUCAAGUGACCUAAAGACAAAGAUGAUGGCACACACAGAUGAACCCCUGCAUCGUAACAGUCCAAUGACUGACAGCAGUCGACCACCGAGUGCUAAAGCCUCUUUUCGAUCCUCCACUCCGUCUUUCACCAGCAAGGGAACCUCUUUGGUACCAAAGGGAGAUGGGAUUGACAUUGAAGAGAAGGAGGAGUGUAUCCCCAGCAGCUCUGGCCAUCUGAGGGAGCUCUUAAUCACCCCGGACAUCAGCAGUGCCACUGCAUUCCCACUGCAGUACUUGAUGGACUCCAGCAAAGAUGAUGGCAUCUGUUUUGUCACCAUACUGGUGAUAAGGUUGCUAUCGGAGAUCAGACCCUCAGCCCUCGAUGGACCCUCCCAACAGGUAGCAGAUCUGACAGAAACAUCCCAGCAACUCAUCAGACAAGUCCUGUCUGAGUUCUGUGCUGCAUCUAGAUUCUCCAGGACACAGGCAUAUUCCCAGAACCUGAACAUCCAAAGGGUGUUCAGAGGUGUACAUAAAAACCUCAUGGAGGAGUUUGGCUCUCAUAACACCCUGCAAGCAGCUAUUUCCUCCCAGGACCCUGCAUUUGACAGAGUCCUGGUAAAGUCCUUGACCCAGCAGCUGGUACAGGGAUGCAAGGAGGCGUCAAGACCAGCUUCUGCUGCAACAAACCCAUCAGACCAGGCUGAGACAGAGAGGGGGGCUGAGCAGAAAGCAAGAAGGAGCUUCCUUUGCUUUUCAAUGACCAAACUCAGGAUCAACUUCAAGCGUUCCAAGAGAGGAAACAAAAAGGACUGCCAUUCAGUCCAGGAACAGACUGAGAUUCCCUCUACUGAUGGACAUUGCAUAGCUCCAGUUGGAGAGGUUUCUCCCUCCAUAUCUCAGCCUGUCAAAAAACGAUCCUUGAUUGUCAGGGUCUUUUCAGCAAUGAUGAAGCCAUUCAGGCGCUUCACCAAGAAGAACCUGUAACCUGUUACGCUGCAUGAAGAACUACUUUUGUAACAGCAAGACUUUUGACAAGAGGAAUUUCUGCAUGUCUACCCUUUCAAAGUAUAUUUGAUCAAAUAAAUGGCAAUGAUUUUACAAGAAUUUCAAGUGUUUUGGAAGAUUAGUAAAACUGAAGCAGCUUUUCUCAGAGAAAUGCACUAGUUCCCCCUUGGUUAUACAUUUAUUGUGUAGUUUUUGAGUUGGCAGGACUUGGGGCA